AUGCUGUGUGUUCUUGUGUCUAUGAUUACCGCCAGUGUCGUUUUGGCAGACACUACUCCCCAGGAGAGCAAAGGCGCCUGUGCCUUGCAGACGAAGAUGAAGAAGGAAGAAUCAGCAAAGGUCAUGUGCAGCGCGCAUGAGGUCAUGUGCCCUGAUCCCACGACCGGGACCAACAGCUGCCACCCGAUGAGCACGGGCUGCCCAGUCACAUGUGCAGCAGGUGAACAGAUGUGCCAUGUUCCAGCGACGUGCGAUACUUGCAGUGGCUACAGCUACUGCUCGUCCUACAGUUGUCCCGUCUAUUGCAGCAGUGACCAAGUGAUGUGCCACGACUCCACAACAAUGACAGACAGCUGCCACCCAAAGAGCGCAGGCUGCCCAGUCACAUGUCCGGCAGGGGAUCAUGUGUGCCAUAGCCCGCCUCCAUGCGAGAAUUGUGAUGGCUACAACUGGUGCGCUUCAUACCCUUGCCCGGUAUACUGUGCAGCCGACGAAAUAGUGUGCCAUGACCCCAUGACCAUGACGGACACCUGCCACCCAAUGAGCAGUGGCUGUCCAGUGUGA